AUUUUCAGAGCAUAAUAAAGUCUUCAAGAGAGAAAAGAUAGACUGGAAUGUGUUAGUGAAAAAAAUUGAUAGUUUUUAUGGACGCGUGUAUAUUGAUCUAAGGAGAAAUAUAUUUAUAAUUGAAAUGAUAAAAGCAGUGCAUGCAUCAGUGAUUACAGUUAUUUUAACUUACUCAACAGAGCUCACUAUUGACACAUUAAGAGGAAAACCAUUAGCACCUGAUAUUACUUUCUGUCCAAGUUUGAUUAUAAUUCAAACUCUCCAAUUCCAGCACCACUUUUAUAACGGUAAGGAUACUGAGAGGUCUGUUGCUCAUUCUGUCAACUCAGAAACAAGAGGAUCACCAUUUUCUAAUCUUAGGCCAGAUACUGGACAUGUCAGGAAACACCAAUACUAG